CUCCAAACAUUUGAAAUCCCUUUGUAAAACAUCGGAUUUAUUUUUAAAUUAAAAUCUCAAACUCGGGGUUUUACAGAUGGCUGAGAAAAGACUUCAAGAGUUUUACGACGAGAUAAGUGAGGAUCUGACCAGAUGUGUGCAGUUCUGGUUGACACAUUCACACGACGAUAAAUACGGAGGCUUUUUCAAUUGCAUUGAUGAAGACGGAACCGUGUAUGACGAAACAAAACACGUUUGGCUUCAGGCCCGGCAGGUGUGGAUUUACGCUAAGUUGUAUAACGAGGAGGAACAGUUUAACACUCAAGCUGUGCUACAAGCCGCAGAAAAAGACCGAGGCAAUCCAAAUGAUGGACAGACUCAUUCACUGGGUACGCGAGGACGACACGGACAUCCGACAAGGGCGUCCGCCGCUGGCUGGUGAGGCGAGGUCUGAGUCUCUGGCGGUACCCAUGAUGCUGCUGUGUGUGACACACGAGCUUCAAACCCUGGACCCGUCCCUCGGUGCCAGGUACCGCGACAUACAGGAGUGGAGCGUGCAGAAAGCGCUGUCGCAUGUACAGCGCGAGGGGACUGUGAUCCUAGAAAACGUGAGCACUUCAGGAACGGAACUUCCGGGAUCACUGGGUCGUCUCAUGAUACCAGGUAGUGUGAUAUUGCCAGCUAGAACUGUUAAGUAAACUUUUCUGGAAAGA